AUGAAAUCCUUGCAUUGUGUUUACAGCAGCAAUCGAUUUGCAGAUCAAUACACACUAGACCUGGAAGGAUUUAUGAGCCCUCAUGAGUUUACUGCUACUAUCAAUACCUUCAAUACAGCAGCCUGGCACUACCCUCCUCCAUCACGGUUUACAGGAUCCAUCAACCACUAUUUCAUCUGUUUGGCAACUCUGAUCCUGACUGCUGUGAUUGCUGCUAUACAUCAUACACGCCAGAUUGGAUUCAUACUGAUAUUGCCAUUUACGUUUCUGUUUACAAGCAUGGUCGUCAUUUAUUAUCGAAAGAAGCAAAAGCUUAGGUUUGAAUCUGCCAUGAUUCAUCUCUGUAGUUGCAUGAAUGCAACUGAAAAUGUCCGUGGCAUUAAUUUUAGAUUGACUUUUUUGACUCCUGAGCAACAAAUAGCUACACACCCAUCCUCCUCCUAUGCCAUCACCAUUGAAUUUGAUGACCGCUUUAACUUAUUGCAUCAUUUCUCGUUAAAUAUACCACCAUCCUAUAGUACUAGUAUCACAAUUUCACCUCCACUGUAUGAUGUGGAUGUAGCUAAACCAACCAAUGCAUAUUAUCCUUUGAAAGAGUAA